UUAAGUUGGGGAAUCUACGAAUGCUUCUAAGAGACAUGUUAUGGAUAGUGCUCCUGUCCGCUGGUUUUGACAAAUUUCUAUCAGAAAAAGUGUAAACUCUCAGUCAUGGAGGAGGUUCUUCCGGGAGGAGCAUCAUUUAUUCGGAAUACUGAAACGAUCUUGGAUAAGCUGCAGUUGCUGGUGGAGGAGGGUGUUUUCUUCGGAGAGGAGGAUCAUUUGGACAAGUUGAAGGGGGAACUAGAAGAAGUGAGAAAGUAUUUUCGGGCUGCAUGGAAUUUGGAGAUGUCUUUUAAAAGUCUUGUAGAUUUUGUUUGUGACGAAAGGGAGCAGAUUUACUCUUCUUCUGAAUUAGAUCAGGCAUCGUCCAGCGUCGACUCAAUUACAGCAGCCUCCAUUUUUGGAGAUUUUUUGAAGAAUUUUAGGCAACAGACCCGACUUUUUGACGAUUCUGUUCAUCAAGGUUGGCAGGGUUUUUACUCUCUUCUUCUUAAGGAUGGAUUGCCCUCCACUGUAGCAGAUCGAGAAAGUAUAGUGAAUUUUGGGCAACAAAUCAGAGAUUUUUACAAACGGAUGUGGGAUUCCAUGGUACCACUCUUUUCGGAUUCCAGAACGAGAUAUUUGCAGCAGCGCUGGGUUAAUGACUUGACGGGUGGAUGGGAAGAGAUGUCUUAUGAGAAAAGGAGACUCAUUGAUCUUUUCACAUCCUUCCAACGGGAUGUUGAGUGCAUUCUCCGCCUUGGUAUACUCUGUGAUUCAAGAUUUGCAGAAGUCUUGAAACCUGUUCUUAUUUACUCAACAUUACGGAAAGGGCAUCCUAUCAAGCGAUUUCCAUUUGUGAAACAUUUCAGUUCGGGCUGGGUGAAUGGCCUCAAAUUUAUCAAGCGAUUUCCAUUUGUGAAACAUUUCAGUUCGGGGUGGGUGAAUCGGGGGAAUCUCAGUUAUCACUGGAUGAAUCGCCUUGAAUAUAUCGAGCGAUUUCCAUUUGCGGCUCUAUUCGCAGCUCGUCUUUGUUGUUGGUUUUUAAGAGAUCGAAUUCACUUGAAUACCUCUGAAUCGGUGGAGCAGAUCAACCCUGCUGCUGACCAAGCUUCUUUGGCUUAUACUGGUGUCUGGGAAUCUGAAUCGCGGUCACUCACUCUGUCUAGCGAGGCAAUGACUUCCAUUGAUUCGAUCAUAGAUUUCUGCAAGGAUGAUCAUGAUCUGAAGGAGCUGAAGGUUGAGUUGAGCCUAGUGAAGAUAUUUUUCCUGUGUGCAAGGAAAUUGUGUUUUUCCUCAAAGAGAACUGAAAUUCUUAAAGAUUCUGUUCGUCAAAAUUGGCAGCAGUUUUGCUCUUUUCUUGCUCAAUUGGAGCAUGGAUUGCCCCCCAGCGAAUUGGCAGGGGCGAUCUCCAAUUUAAGAAGAAUCUUAAAGAGUUAUAGGCAAAAAUUCAGUACAUUGUAUGUUGAGAUGCCGGACUUUUUAUUCAACAGGUACGGCUAUUGCAGCGAGGGUCAUAAUUCGUAUGUAGAUAGCCUUUUAAAAUCCAGUUCUGGCUUGAGAGAUGAAUUCAUGGAACUCUUCAAUUUGCUCUUAGAAAACCUUGAGGAUAUUGUCAUCUGGGGCAAAGCCUGUGAUUCAAGACUUGCAAAAUUGUUGGAACCGCUUCAAGAGAAGCUAGUGUUCCUUAGAACUUUCAUUCUCUUUCCCAGUUUGCAAGGCAAGCCCAAGAGGAAACUCUUGGAGCACUGUGCAGUUGUGGCUUUAUCUGCAGCACAUCUUUGUUACAUUUGCUGGUUUUUCAGAUAUCACUAUCAGGAGCUCAACUGGAUGGACUCAAAGAUUUCUGAAUUAACAGACAAGAUCAAGCUUGUUGAUCACCGAGCCCAUCACACAUAUAUUUGCGUCCUUGAAUCUGGAACAACUUCCCCCACUCUGUCUACCGAGAAGGAUGUGAUUAUAGUGGGUGAAUUUGUUGAAUCUCUUCUAGGUCAUCUUUGGGAGUUACUACUAAAUUGUCCUGCCUAUUUUGCGGUAUCCUUGAAGCAUCAAUUGCGGAUGCUCUUUGAGGGACUGCAAUUCUUGAGAAACAUUCUCAAUAAGGAGAAGUAUGAUGGGAUAGAGGGAAAAAUCAAGGAUCUUAUUCGAGCUGUGGUCAAUGACGCUGGGAUUGUAAUUUUAUCACUUUAUCAGAACGACCUUCGAGAAGCUUCAGCCGAGGAAAUAGAUGUUAAGCUCUUUUGUUUACUGGAGAAGAUUAAGCCCAUUAAGGCAGAAGUUGAGGAAAAGUACCCUAUACCGCCAAAGUUUGGCUUUCCUACAACUGAUGCACUAGGGCUUAUCGAUCUUGUCCAAGAAAAACUGCAGGAACUGGCAAGCUGUAAAGUUGAUCCUAUAUUUACUUUUGCGAACGAUAGAGUUCACUUCUUAAGGUCAUACUUGAAGAAUGCCAUGGAAGAGCACAACCAGGACGCAAAGCACCAAGCACAAACAAUCCAAGAAGAUUUGUCGUUCUUGAAAUCAUUCUUGGAAAACAAUUUGGAGCAGCACACAGAGAAGGAAAAGCUUCAUAUUCAAACAAUGCAAGAUGGUCUUGUAUUCUUAAGAUCAUUCUUGGAGAACAACAGGGAUCAACGCAACCACCUUGCAGAGCUCCAAGCUCUUAGUAGUCAUGUUGUGGAAGUGGCAUACAAGGCAGUGUUUGUUAUUGACUCCUUAAUUGUUGGAGAUUUAUCAUAUUAUUCACUUAUGCUAUUUGAUGAUGUCACAGCAGAAACUAAGCUUCUUAAAACUAAGACAUGGGAGAUUGACAGCAUCGAAGCCCAGAAACCUGCCGAUAGUUUGAGGGAUGUGCCAUCACAAGCAGGAAAGAAGUGGAGUGGAGUAUUCCACCAGGUGCCAUCACAGGGUACUAUCUCAACAAUCAAUAAAGUUGCGGUAUGUCUGAAGGAUCAGGAGCAAGCAAUUAUUGAUCAACUUAUAGGAGGAUCGCUGCAGUUGGACAUCAUUUCUAUUGUGGGAAUGCCUGGACUAGGCAAGACGUUUCUGGCAGAAAGAGUUUACCAUAACCCUUCAAUUACAUCUCACUUCCACAUUCUUGCAUGGUGUUGUAUCUCUCAAGUAUAUUGCAAGAAAGAUCUGUUGCUUGGGAUCUUGGCAUGCAUUGAUCCAAAAGCCCAAUAUUCGGAGUUUGAUGAAGAUGAUUUAGCUCACAAGCUUUGCAACCACUUGAGGAAACGAAAGUAUCUCAUAGUUUUGGAUGAUAUUUGGGACAUUGAGGCAUGGAAUGCUUUGAAAAUAUCUUUCCCAGAUCAUACCAACGGAAGCAGAAUUCUCUUAACAAGUCGACAUCAUGGGAUUACUGGUAAACCUCACCAUCUUCGUCCACUUCAUGAAGAAGAAAGCUGGGAGUUACUACAGAAGAAGCUUUCAGUUACUAGAGAAGAAGGCUUUCCUCCAGAACUAACUGUCCUUGGGAGGCAAAUUGCAAAAAACUGUAAUGGACUGCCUCUAUCAAUCAUCAUCAUAUCUGGAAUUCUCGAGACUCUAGAUCAAGGUCGUUGGGGAGAGGUAGCAGAAAAGCUAGACUCAAACAGCAAGAUUGGUGCCACAGAACAAUGCAAGAGUAUAUUAGAGCUGAGUUACAUGCAUCUACCUGACGAUUUGAAGCCAUGCCUUCUUUACUUCAGUGCAUUUAGAGAAGACCAAGAAAUUUCUGUAAAGAGGUUGAUGUGGCUGUGGAUCGCCGAAGGAUUUGUGCGAAAGAAGGAAUCAGAGAGCCUUGAAAAAUCAGCAGAAGGCUAUUUAAUAGCUCUAAUCAACAGAAGCUUGGUUAUGGAGGGGCAAAAAAGAUCCAUUGGCGGGGUCAAGACAUGUCACAUUCAUGAUUUGUUGCAUGUCUUUUGUUUGGGAAAAGCUAAAGAUCAAAAUUUUCUACAUUUGAUACAAGGAUGUGACAGAUUUCUUAAUUUUGAUGAACCACGCUACCUACAUCGGUUAUCCAUUCACUUUCAGCCAAAUCAUUUUGUGAAGUCAAAGAUAUUUUGCCCCCAUGUACGCUCUCUAUUACAUUCUUCUCGUGGUAUUGGGAGCCGUGUAGUAUCAUACAACCUAUCCUUUGUUUGUCACCUGAAACUUCUUCAAGUGUUGGAUUUGGAACAAAUUAAUCUUGGUUUUAAUUUCCUGUGUGAAUUAGGGUUGCUCAUUCAGUUGAGGUACCUGGCUGUUUCGGGUUGGAUCAAAUACAUCCCACCCUCGCUGGAAAACCUCUCGAAUUUGGAAACGUUUCGUGUGACAACAUAUUAUUCUGAUUUUGUUCUUUCAUCGUUGGUAGAUAUUUUUUGGAAAUUGCAGAAAUUGAGACAUUUCCAAGUACGUGGUGCUUUGAUUUGUCUUAGUUUGGGAAAGGAAAAUCCUGAAAGCUCCUGUAUGUCAUACAAUUUACACACGUUUUCCACUCCAAAGCUUUAUCUUGGGCAAAGCAUGGAAAAGAUGAUCAUGAAGUUUCCAAAUAUCCGCAGACUGAAAUGCUGUCUGCUACAGUCAGAGGAAUCUUGUAGUGAGAGCACAAGGAUCGUGGCAAUGGACUCUCUGAGUCAGCUAGAAUCACUAAAGCUGCUACUGGGUAAAGUUACUGCAAAUUGUAUCGAAUUUCAUCUCCCCUUGAAUCUGAAAAAGUUGACACUGGAGGACUUCUCAAGGAGUAUAAUUUGCACAAUCAGAAAGCUACCCAAUCUUGAGGUUCUCAAAUUAAUCCGACAAGCAGAUGGGGAAAAGGAAUGGGACAUGGGAGACAUGGAAGAAGAGGAAUUCUUUCCUAAACUCAAGUUUUUGAAAUUGGAAUCCUUGAAGGUGGUCAGGUGGAUGGGCACUGGAGAGCAUUUUCCCAGUCUUGAGAGAUUAAUUUUGGAGGGUUGCGUGCAAUUGGAAGAGCUCCCUUCCUGUUUACAGGCAACUUUAACUCUUCAAUUGAUUGAGGUGCAUGGAUGUCUAUACCUUGCUGGAAAGAAAGUUCAGGGCAUUAAGAAACAACAGGAUGACUAUAGAGAAGAGGAUCUGAAAAUCGUUAUCUCAGAUGAAAUUGAGGAGUCUUCUUCAUGUUCGGAUAGAGAUUCAGACGGAUGGUUACCAGAAGAAAUUGAUUCUUCAUGAUCGAAGAUUCAGAAGGAUGGUCAGGCUAACGAUCAUCUGCCAUAAGCGUUACUAUCUUCUGUAUGGUUCUGUUUACAUUGAUGUCAUAUUUGUCAUUGUAACGCAUAAAUAAGUUGCUAUGUAGUAAUGGCAAAUUAGUGUACUAUUUGAUUAAAUUGAUUGUUCAAAUAUUGAGGAUGGAUAUACUAAUGAUUUGUUCAAAAUGGGAAUACAGAAUCUGAUAUGAUCUUGUACUUGGGCUUAUCCAGUUAGUCAAGUGUGUUGUGUCA